ACCAAGUACGUUGAUUUAGUUAGUUGUUAUUCGGUGAUUUGUAUUGUUCCAGUGUCCAGGCGUGUUUACCAUACUCAUUGCUUCAGUGAUAUGCUAAAUCCACUUCCUUUGUCCUGUCAACUUUCAUCCCUUUCGUCAGCUCGGUAGAGAUACACUGCCGACUACAACAAGACGAAUAAGAUGGCCUCGGACACGACAGUGCCGAACAACGGACCCAAGUUCAUUAUUGUCACUGCGGUUUUGACUUCAGUCGCCAGCGUCCUGGUCGUGUACCGGCUCGUCUGGAAGGGCGCCUUCCGCAAAGGCAUCGCGGCGGACGAUGUCCUCGUCGGAAUGUCCAUGGUAUGAGUUGAAGCCCUAUGUAGCACAUUCAGGAACUAGCCUUAUAACAUCGGUAGACUGUGCAUCUUGUCAACACUAUCGUGGGAGACCUCGGUGAGUCGUGUCUCUGCAAGUUCUGGGUCUCCUCUGACAAAUGUCUUCUGCAGCUUGCUACUAUGCCUUUGGUCGACAUGCAAAAGAUGUCGCCAAAACUGGAGGGAAUCUGGUCCUGGGAUACAAGGUUGGAGACACCCUUUCUUUCUGUCUCAUAAAUCCCUAUCAAGCCCUGGACGGUCUUUUAACCGUUUUGCAGUAUUUCUGGUUUUUUCAGAUCUUAUACAAGAUCGUCUUGUGUCUGAACAAAAUGUCCUUCCUGGUAUUUUACCUGAGGAUCUUCCCCACUAAGAAAUUCCGACUACUCUGCUUCGCAACCAUUGCUGUCGUUGCAUCAGGCACGUUCGGCUUCAUGAUAGCAACCAUUUUCCAGUGCGUUCCCGUCCAGGCCAACUGGCACCGGCACAUAGCCAAGAAAUGCGUCAACAACACCAUCUUCCGCUGGUGCUGGGCUGGGUACAAUACCCUCAUGGACAUGUGGGUAUGUCUUAUGCCCAUGCCUCUGCUCGCAAGACUGCAGCUCGACACCGCGCGCAAGGUCGGCGUCAUGGUCGUCUUCGGCCUGGGUCUCUUCGUCUGCGUCACCAGCAUGAUCCGUAUGCGCUCGAUGGAAACGAGCACCACCACAACUGACCCUACCUGGGGAUCCUUCGACGCUCUCAUGUGGAGCGCCAUCGAGGCCAGCACGGGCAUCAUCUGCACCUGUCUCCCCUUCCUCAAGGGUCCCAUCCAGAACGCUUUCCCCCGACUGUUUUCCUCCAUCUCCCAGGCCUCCCGGAAGUCACGUAGUGGUGGGGCAACAUACGGGAUGGAAAAGAUGGAGCCCAAGUCGACAGGACAUUCUGGUUCAGCAAGUGGCACAUUGUGGUCGAUCGAGGGGGGCAACCCCAAGACAGAGCAGUGGACUCGAAUCGAGAAUGACGCUGCUAAUCAGGAGGGGAUCGGUCGAAAUCAAAUCCUGAAGAAAACCGACAUCGAGAUGCACAGCGACUAUAUAUCCCAAUAGAAGAGAUAGAGAGAGGGAAACAGAAAGAAAAUGACGAUGAGCUUCAGGGAGGGCGUCUGUUCUUUGUUGCUGUCUCUUUUAGUUUAGCCUAGUAAUCACGUGUUUUGUAUGUAAUCACCUUGUUUUACAAUACGCAUGGAUCUCACAAUACGAC